AUGGGCACAACAGAGCUGAUGAUGGCCCUCAAAGCGGAGGAUUUCGACCGCGCCCGCCGUCUUCUAAGCACGGCUAUGGGGCAACAAGAUGACGAGGGCUUUACGGCGCUUAUGUACGCGCUACGCGCCCAUGCUCCGGAGCUAGCCGAACAGCUUGUCGAGGCUGAAAAGGGGAAGAUUACGCGACGGGGUAUCACAGCAUUGAUGCUAGCCGCUGAGCAUGGCUACAAGGAUGUUGCUGCGCGACUUAUCGAAGCUGAGGCAGGCAACAUGGACCUGCAAGGCUGGACAGCCCUGAUGUACGCAUCCAAAAAUGGACACAAGGAGGUCGCUUCCAUGCUGAUCGAUAAAGAGGCCGGCAUGUGCAAUAUAGAUGGCUCUGCAGCCAUUCACUGGGCUGCUGAGCAAGGCCACCUCUGUAUUGUCGAAGAGCUGGUAAACGCAGAGGUUAACCUAACCAACAAGGACGGCUGGACAGCGCUAAUGAGUGCCGCCCACAAUGGGAGCGAAGAAAUCGUUAGGUAUCUUGUCAAAGCGCUUGCAGGAAAACAGACGAAAACAGGGUGGACAGCGCUCAUGGCUGCUGCUGCACGUGGUCACUAUCGCAUUGCAGAGAUCCUGCUCAGUAAGGAGGCCGGCAAACGUACCCAUGAUAGCUGGUCUGCGCUCAUGUCGGCCGCGCAAAACGGAUUCGUGAACAUUGUGAAGCUUCUUUGCCCAUUCGAGGAGAAGAUUAUUACAGAUAAGGGUGUGACAGCGCUAAUGCUUGCAGCCCAAAGAGGUCGCACAGAGGUGGCACCCAUUCUCAUACCAAAGCAGAGCUGCUUGCAGGAUGCUCAGGGCUUGACUGCGCUGAUGUAUGCAGCUGACCAAGGCCACUACGAGAUAGCAGAACUGCUGGCUAAAUAUGAAUUCGGGAUGCGCGAUAACGAGGGUCGUAGUGCAUACAUAUACGCGUCGACUGGCGAUCACGUGCGCAUCAUGGAGCUCCUUCAGGAGGAGGAGAUUUACUCUAUGCGAUCAGCAAUAGAGAAGACUGUCUCCAUGCGUUUGCAGCACAACUCCCCAGACAGUCCUGAUAUGCGCUCGGCCAUAAAUAGGCUCGAGCUUAAGAUAGAUUCAUUGAUGAGGGAUAACGCAGGCAUCCGUUCCAUGCUUCAUACAGGUGGAAGCUCUCCCCAGUCUAAGCUACCUGACCUAGGCAGCGGUGCAAACGAGCUUAUCAUUGGAAGCGCCCAACACGCCUAUUUCCUGCUUCCCUGUCGCCAUGUAGUAUACUCUGAUAAGGAGGACUUCACAUUUGAUGUUUGUACCAGGUGUGGUGGCCUAGUAUCUGAAUUCUAUAAGAUUGAGCUGUAG